GUCAAACCCACGAUGACAAUUCUUAAUCGCACGCACCGCUCGUUGACUGAAAUGUUCAGCUCUCUUCAGUCUGUAUACUUGCAGUCUAACUGCGCAGAGACUCUUGUGAUUCCUUCCAUCUUCCGGCGAAAUCAGCAGAGCCAUUCGUGGGUGUUCUUUGCCUUCAAUAAUUCAAUUUGUUUAAGAUGGGUAAUCGAUUUAUGUGCAUGCCGAAGAAGGACGCGAAAGAUAUUGGGUCGAGGAGCAAUAGGAGAGGGGGAUCGCAGAGGAAAAUGGCGGCAGAGGAGGAGUUCUUGCACCGGCAGGCGUUGUCAAUGGCAAUUCAUCAGCACCAGCUGUCGCAGAGGUUCGACGGAUCGAUGUCGCGGCGUAUUGGGUCGACGAGCUCUCGGAGGCGGACUUUUUCUGAUCCCUUCUCCAAUGGAAAACAGGCCCCAGAGUUUUUAGAGAAUAUCAAAACAAAGAAACUUGUUCUAAUUCAUGGAGAGGGAUUUGGAGCAUGGUGUUGGUACAAGACUAUUGCUCUGUUGGAAGAAGCAGGAUUGCUUCCCAUUGCCUUGGAUCUCAUGGGAUCUGGAAUUGAUAAGACAGAUACAAACAGUGUCACAACAUUGGUGGACUAUGCUAAACCCUUGAUUGAUUAUCUAAAUGACCUCCCAGAGGAUGAGAUGGUUAUUUUAGUUGGCCACAGUUGUGGGGGUGCAAUAAUCUCUUAUGCUUUGGAGCAUUGUCCAAAGAAGAUUUCAAAAUCAGUUUUUCUCUGUGCUACUAUGGUGAAAGAUGGACAGAGGCCUUUUGAUGUUUUUGCUGAAGAGCUAGGCUCUGCUGAGAAUUUUAUGCAGGAGUCACAGUAUCUAACAUAUGGGAAUGGUAAAGAUAAACCUCCCACUAGUCUCAUGCUUGAGAAACAACAUAUGAAGGGUUUAUAUUUCAAUCAGUCUCCUGCUAAGGAUGUUGCAUUGGCCACAGUUUCAAUGAGACCAAUUCCUCUAGGACCAAUAAUGGAGAAGCUUUCAUUGUCACAGGAGAAUUAUGGCACUGGUAGGCGUUUCUACAUUCAGACACUUGAUGACCAUGCAUUAUCACCAGAUGUUCAAGAAAAGCUUCUCAGGGAAAGCCCACCUGAAGGUAUCUUUAAGAUCAAGGGCAGUGACCACUGUCCCUUCUUCUCAAAGCCACAGUCUCUACACAAAAUUUUACUUGAAAUUGCCCAAAUUCCAUAGCUUAAGUUAUUGGAGUUGCUAGAAAACUUUAUUCUCCCAGAGAUUACAAAGUGGAGAGAAGAGUUGUACAAUAUAACAUGGCAUCAGAAAUCUGUAGUCUUUACUAUCAGGUAUAAAUAUAGGAUGAGUGAUUCUUAAUUCAAUUUGACUCGAGGAGAAAUAACAUGUUAAAUGUGAUUGUUGGAGAAAACAACAGAAAUGGUCAAUUUCAGUGGGAUAUUUUGGUCGUA